UUCCGGCAGAGGAACCCGGAAGUGGCGCACGUGCUGUGAGUGACACGAGGAGGCGCGCCGCGGAGGGGAAAGUCGCGCCGGUUCCAAUUCCAAACCAGGGGGUACCCAGGACCCCCGUUUCUCAGGGAGGUCUGAGACCAUCUCUAGGGGAUCUGGGACUCCCCCUUAGGGGGUCUGAGACCAUCUCUAGGGGAUUUGGAACGAUCUCUGGAGGGGGAUCUGAGACCAUCUCUAGGGGAUUUGGGACCCCCUUAGGGGAUCUGGGACCACCUCUCCGGGGUCUGAGACCAUCUCUAGGGGAUCUGGGACUCCCCCCUUAGGGGAUUUGGAACCCCCUCUCCGGGGUCUGAGACCAUCUCUAGGGGAUUUGGAACGAUCUCUGUAGGGGGAUCUGAGACCAUCUCUAGGGGAUUUGGGACCACCUUAGGGGAUCUGGGACCACCUCUCCGGGGUCUGAGACCAUCUCUAGGGGAUCUGGGACUCCCCCCUUAGGGGAUUUGGAACCCCCUCUCCGGGGUCUGAGACCAUCUCUAGGGGAUUUGGAACGAUCUCUGUAGGGGGAUCUGAGACCAUCUCUAGGGGAUUUGGGACCACCUUAGGGGAUCUGGGACCACCUCUCCGGGGUCUGAGACCAUCUCUAGGGGAUCUGGGACUCCCUCCUUAGGGGAUUUGGAACCCCCUCUCCGGGGUCUGAGACCAUCUCUAGGGGAUUUGUAACGAUCUCUGUAGGGGGGUCUGAGACCAUCACUAGGGGAUCUGGGACCACCUCUCUCGGGGUACGAAGCUCGUGGGACCAAGGAAAAAGAAGCGAAGGGAGCGGGAAGCUGCCUGGUCAUCACAAACAGCGAAGUGGCCCAAAGUCGUCGUCAUCAUCAUCGCGUGCACAUGUACCGCAGUAGCCGAAUCCUCCUAAACGCCCUGGGCCCACUGACUUAAUUCUAGAUUUGAAGACUUCGUGACUGCAAGGAUUCAUACUCUUGGGUUUUUCCGGUAAAGUCAUUUGCCCGUGGAACUGCUCCCGCGCAGCUCCGUGCUCUUCACGACGCUCUCCGCGGGCAGCAGCGGAGGAGGAGCGGAGAAGGAGCAGAGGAGGUGACCCGGCGAGGAUGGGCGACCCGGGCCGAGUGGAGGAGCUGGAGCCGUACUCCGUGCUCGGAGUUUCUCGCACCGACUCGCCCAGAGCCCUGAGACGCCGAUACCAGGAGCUCGUGCGGCAGCUGCACCCGGACCGAGCGGCCCAGGGCCUGGGCAAGGGUGAGCGUGAGGAGCAACUCCGGCGCUUCCUGGAGGUGGAGCGCGCGUGGAGGACGCUGGGAGACGCGGAGACACGCAGAGCGCACGACCUGCGCGCACGAGACAGGGCCCUGCAGCAGGAGGGUCCCAUCCAGGACAGCUUCUCCAUUGACGACAUGGACUGGGAUGACGACCAGUUGGAGGCGUCCCGGCCGUGCCGGUGCGGCGGCCUCUUCACCGUGAGCGCCGCCGAGGUGUGGGGGGCACGGGGGGGCGAGGGGGGGAGCUCUCCCCCGCCGCCGUUGCUGCUGCUGGGCUGCGACACUUGCUCCUUGCGCGUCGAGCUGAGCGGCGCCAGCGGCUGACGGACGCCGUGGGACGGAUGCGCGGACGAUGGCUGCCGCGGGGGUGGGGGGGGGCGAUGCGACUCCGCGGGGCCCUGUGGGUCGUGCGUGGACGGCGCUGCGCGGUGCUGAUACCCCACGCACCGACCCCUGCACGUCGCCGAGCCCCAUGCCGCUGGCGCUGUGCGUGGUGCUGGCGCUGUGCGUGGUGCUGGCGCUGUGCGUGUUGCUGGCGCAUGCUGCUGGGGCUUUCUGUAGAGAGUUCUUCUCUCUCUGGAGGGAUUGUUUGAGAGACUAAGAGGGGUACUCUCCGGAGAGUUCCUCUUUCUGGAGGGACUCUGUCAAGCUCCGCCUCGUGAAGACCCUCUCUUUGCCCAAGCUCUAAGGUCCGCUCCAUAUCAAGGUGUUUUCGCCCAAUUAAGUGUUCACACGUGGGAGAAAACCCACGAGUGCGAGGGAGAAACGCUCUAUCCCGUGCAGGCGGGGCAGGUGGGAGUCCACAUUUGCUGGAGCCGCCAUCUCCUGGCAGGGCCAGGGGGUACGACGGCGUCUCCUCGACGCCCACGGGAAGGAAGGGAGUUUCGCAAACGACAUCCGUGUGUGGUCCACCAACCCCUCGCUGCUGCCUCCACACAGCGCGGGACUACAGGCAGUGGCCUCGUGCAGCAGCGGCGUUGCCACCACCGCUCUCUCGCGACUCCUGCCUCUCCUCGGGUCGAUUAAAAUGAGUGAAAUCGC